AUGCUAUCGAAACCAACAAAAAAGGAUAUUCAGAUAUUUGUACUAAAUCUUCCAACAUCAAAAGUUCAACCUUCCGACACGGAACCGCCACAACACGCAGUUGUUCAACUAUCACCCGAAAUUCAGCGUUCAGAUUCCAUUUCACCACAAUCUCCAAGAACAAUUUCCGCUCUACAAGAAUUCAACCAUAUAGAUUCUGUUGAUAGUAAUGUAUCUAAAACAUCACGUCCAAGACGACGCUCAUCAUUAGUCAAUUUUAUCCGUUCAUUUUCAUUUUAUCCAUCGAGUCGUCGCGAUAGUCUGGUCACUGUUGAAACUAAAGUCACACAGGCAGCAAUCACAGAAGAGAAAUAUCGUGAACUAUUACGAGAUCCAAUCCCUCCACAAUAUUUAAUAUUUUUUGAAAAUUAUUUCAACGACGAUAUUAGGUCGAAGAAAUUUACUGUUGAUGAUUUCUGUCGGCUAUUUCAAAUGACACCUGUGUUAGGUGAACGAUUAUUAAGAAUAUUUGAACAAGACGAAGCGUUUGUUAAAAAUUCAAUCGAUGGUAUUGAUGUACUGAGAAUAGCACGUCUCCUCUUGGUUGGAACAAUGUCAGUGAAAGCUCUCAUUCUAUUCAAAAUGUUUGAUCAAGAUAGAGAUGGAAAAAUUUCACUCAGUGAAAUGAAACAAUCUUAUCAACAAUACCUCAAAGAAUUUAAAGUCUCACAUGAUGAAACAAGAACAAACGAAAUCAUUGAUAUCUUUCUCAAAGGAUUCACUUUUGUCGUUGCCGACGGGGAAAAUGAUGGAGAGGAACAAAUGAUGGAUUUUGAUCAGUUUUAUUCGAUUUUGAAAUCGAACGAUGAUCUACUUCAUACAUUGCACCUCAUCAGUAUCCCAGAUCAAACACUGCUUAUCUCACAUUUGAGAGACAGGGAGAAAAGACGAUGUUGUAUGAAGUAUUGCUCGAGCGAAUGGAUUCAAAAUAAUCUAUCGUAUUGUUCGAUAGUGUUAAAGAGUUGUUUUUACAAUGACUCGUACAAAUGACUCAGAUGAUUAUUUUCCGACUUUUUUGUGAAUUCAUGAAUUUUCAGGAAACAAAUUCUUUGUCCUUGUUGAAUUUGAGCUAGAAAUAGACGUACAUUGAAAAGAAAUUCGGUGUAUACAUAGAUGUAACAGCAGUAUCUUAACCUUCACAAUGAUCACGCUUUUAUUCAGUUUUGAUAUAAGCUUUAUUCUGUCAGAAUAAGCGGAAGAAUAUUCCGUUAUAGUAUUCUAAACUAAAAUUAUCGACAAACACAAAAUCAAUUUUGUACGAAUAGAGAUUCGACCACAUGAACUAAGCUUCGCAGUAAACUUUGUUAUGAAAAUACAGCUCUUGUACAUAGAGCCCAAAAAAUCAAUCUGGGGGCUAUCUGAAAGUCGUGGAGGCUAUCGUCUUCACUCUUUCAGACACGUUUUUCAGCCAGACCCAGAUUGAUUUUUUGGGCUCUUUGUACAAGAGCUGUAUUUUCAUAACAAAUCAGUGUUCAGAGUCGAGACACUUUUCAUUUUGUAGAGAAAUGUUUAAUCUAUUUAAUUAUCUACUGUAGUUGCAACUUUAGAUUAGUCUGGAGCUUUAUUACAAUAAUUUUCUGAAAAUGAGCGAAAAAAGGAGACCGUUAGCUGGACAAGCCAUUUCGCUAGUGAAAUCCUGUUAUAUAAUGACAAUAAAUGUAGAUUGUACGCUGUUGUGGUAGAAGCUGUAGUAGUCGCUUUUUUCAUCUUUGUAGUAGUCACCACUGCUUUACACCAUGCUGCAGUUGAAAAUAGAGCAAUUGAAUAUAAAUAUACUAUAUGAAUCCAAUUCAUUUUUCUGCCUCCUUUAACAAUUUUUUGAUUUGAAAAAUAAUUGUGAAGUUGUCAGUAAACGUUUGACUCUUUUUAUGCUCAAUGGAUUAUUGCUCAUUCUUGAUAGACAUAUUGAGUCGAAAUAGAUUUUGCUG